AUGCGCGAGUGCCAGCGAAAUUACGAUGACGGGCUUGAUCAGGACCAAAGAAGCCGGCUGAAGAAGAGAGAGCGGAAAAGUGACACAAAGACAGACGAGGAUAAGUGGAGAGCUAUCUACAAGACGUUAUUCCCGGGUGAGGUGGCAAUAUCAACGCCUUAUUGCAACGACUCAGAGCUGGAUGACUACCAUCGAUACUGUAGGGAGAACUCCGACCGCAUUCUGGGGGACAAACUCGGCGCCAUUCCAGGCGGUGUCUGGUCAGGGUCGGCACAGCAGAUGAAGGAGCUCGUGCGCGACGUGCAAGAGCAGCUCUUUGGGGAAUUCCACACCCAGCAAAACGACGACGACCACAGCUCUUGCACUUCCCGUGGUAGCACCCCUAUGAGCGCAUCUCCGAUGACUCCGUCCUACUUCGACGAAAAUCCGCCGAUGACCGCAGCCGACCCUGAGGUCCACACCUCGAAGAGGAGACGGGUGGGCGAAGAGGCCUACUUCCUUAAUGAUCAUGUCACGUAUCAGGGAACUUUGACGCCUCAGAUCCGUGUGUCGCCAGCCUGCGAAGCCUUUAUGGAGGGUAACUUGAUCGCCGAACUUAGCCUCGAUGGUAACCUUAGCCCAUUGCCAGCCCAGAGUGCUCAUGAAGCCGCACUCGGUCCAGGUCCGGACCAGAUUCCUCCUAGCAGCACUGCUAUGCUUGAUUCUGGGAUGUCAGAUGCACAGAUCUCUGGUUUUCCAGAUCCUUGGGGGCUUGAAUGGACCUUUCUCGCACCUUAG